CAUAGAUUUAUAGAUUACUCCCAAUUGUUGAACGAAAUACCCUUGGAGAAUCAUAUUUGUAGUUCCGAAAAAUCCCCCUUAUUCGAGUAGCAAUUACAUCUAUUAAAAAUGGGUGAAAGAAAAGGUACCAACAAAUAUUACCCCCCUGAUUACAAUCCCAAAGUUGGGGGGUUGAAUAAAUUUCUGGGCACCCAUGCACUCCGAGAGAGAGCUAGGAAGAUUCAUCAGGGUAUAAUAAUCAUCAGAUUUGAAAUGCCCUACAAUAUAUGGUGUGAGGGUUGUAACAAUCACAUCGGUAUGGGUGUUAGAUACAAUGCUGAAAAAACAAAAGCUGGAAUGUACUACACAACCCCUGUAUACCAAUUCAAAAUGAAGUGUCAUUUGUGUGAUAAUCAUUUCGUUAUAAAAACGGACCCAGCGAAUCUAGACUAUUUGAUUAUAUCUGGUGCACGUAGGCAGGAAAAUCGAUGGGACCCCUUGCAAAAUGAACAAGUGGUUCCCGAAACCAAAGAAACGCAGAAGCGCUUAUUCGAUGAUUCCAUGUUCAAAUUAGAGCAUGGUUCGCAAGACUUGAGCGCUGCUGAAUCUGCUAAGCCGAGAUUAGUACAACUUUUCGAUAGGAAUGAAUCUUUGUGGUCCGACUCUUACAGUGCGAACCAAAGAUUGAGACAAGUUUUUAGAGAAAAAAGCAAAGAAUUGAAGAGUUCAGCAGCGCAAGACCGUGCUCUACUGGAGAAAUCAAGCUUAGACAUACCACUUGUUUCUGAGACUGCGGAGGAUAGAAAAAUGGCCUCAUUACUCAGUAAAAAAUACGAGGCUCCUAAUGCAACGGAAACGACAGAAUUGAUAAGACAAAAUUUGAUCUCCAGUCCUUGCCUUCCUAGUAGUUUCACACCGGCUAAAGAGAAGAAGGCUUUGAAAGCACUAAGUGAAGGAAAAUUAAAAAUGUCCAACUUGGUGAAGAGAAAAAAUAACGAUUCACAACAAAGUAAGAAGAAAACUGAAUCAGAAAGUAAAGAAGAAGAAAUACUGGACAGUAAAAUUGUCAAUAAUGAUGAACAAAACGAGGAGAGUGAAAAUAAGAAACAAAAAGUCACUUCUCUUGUUGGAGAUUAUGGAUCUGGAACAGAUUCUGACUAAAAAUUAUGUGAAUAGUCAUUCAUAAAAUUGAAUGGGACAGCUGUGAUUUGUUUUGAGUAUUCAGAUUCAAAAAAAUGUACAUAAUAUCUAAAACUAACUCAAAUCAGUGAAGAAGUAAUUUUUAAUUGAAUCAAGUAAUAAAGAUUAUUCUAAUUUAAA